CCACGGUUUAACACAAGCUCCUCGCGUCCGUAUACCUCACGUUUCACCCUUCAAAACCAUGGGGUGCUCUCAAUCCAAGACGAACGAGCAGGAGGUGAUCGAUCCUAACAUCUCUCAGGCCGAGGAGAACGUCCCGUUCGAUAAAGCUGCACCGGUUGAAGUGGUUGAGACGGAGCCCACUUCGAUCAAGGAAGCGUCGACCGUGGAGGUGAAGAAUCCUGACUUCGCCACUCGAUUCGUACCGGGUGAGGUCAGUAUCAACGAGUACGGCGUGGCCUUCUACAACUUCGACGGCUCCAACCCCGCAGAUCCCAGUCAGGAGAUUCACUUGUGCAAACGUUACUCGGAGUUCAAGGACAUGCACGAGGAGAUCUCCAAGCUCAUGGCCAGCGAGAAGAACGUGAAACCCGAGGACCAGGACAAGUUCCAGACGUACCCGGCACUUCCGUCCAUGCCCCGGGCUAAUGUUGUUACCUAUCUGCUCGGACGUGGCAAUCAGAAGGUGGUGAAUGAACGUGAAGCGCAGUUCGUCAAGAUCCUGAACGCAAUUGCAGCUCACCCGAUUGCCUUCCAGAGCAAAACUUUCACAGAAUUCAUGGCGUAGAUAGAUAGAGAUCUCAUGCCCUGGACGGUUCUCGUCAAUAAAUAAAUGAAAAACUUGUAGUUUCCUUUACCGUUACUGAUGCGCAU